CUCGAACCUGAGCGACGAUAGCAUAACGAGUUGGAAGCGCAAGCGAAGCAGAGGAUACGCCAUGGAGAACCCGGCCGCCGACGAUCGUAUGGAAGUCGUGCUAGCCCUCCUGGACGCUUCGAGGAGCCGACACGGCCGCGCCCGCCUGGCCGCUGAAGGUGCCCUCCCCGCCGUCCUCCGCUGCCUCUCGUCCUCCCCCGCGCUCCUCCUCCUCCCCCGCCUGUGCAUCACCGUCAACCUCUGCUGCGAGCGACCUAACCAGGACGCCUUCCUCGAGGCCGGCGGCCUCGAUCGGAUCGCCUCCGUCUUGCUCAGCGGCCACCAGAUUUCGGCUGAGAUAUUACAGACGGUGCUUCAGGUGCUGGGCAAUGUCGCCUUGGCCGGAGAGGCGCACAAGGCCGCCGUCUGGGCGCGGUUCUUCCCCGUCUGGUUCCGCGAGAUUGCCGCGAUGCGCAACCCUGUGGUGUGCAAUAGCCUCUGCAAGGUUUUGAAUAUGUGCUGUUCCGCCACGGGAGGGCGCCGGAGAUUGGGAGAACUUUGUGAGGAAGGGAGGGGGUUACCGAUUCUCUUGGACAUUGUCAACACCAUGUCACCAAGUUGUCGUAAAGAGAUUUGCCUCUAUUUUCUUUUAGGCAAAGCAUGCAUCAAGGACAUCUAUUUCAACCUUGUGUUCCAGAGAUUAAGCUCAGUGAAUACCUUGGAUGAUUCCUUUGGUGCUAACUUCACAUACAAGCUUUUUACUAAGGAACAAGUGUUCCUUCUCAGACUUCUUUCUUACCACCUGAUUGCCUGGCCUGAUGUUCUUGAUACCAUUUCCAGCUAUUUUGCACUUGGUGUUCUGCAACUCUUAAAAGAAGCUUACUCAGUUGUUGAUGCUAGUUCCCAAAGCAUAUCUGCUGGUCUCACUGAUGAUCUUGCAAUUAAUGUUCUUUGGUGUUCAUUCUACAUUUUGAGGGAUAUAUGUGCGUGGAAGGAUCAUUCUUCAUCAGCGUUGGAGGACCCUGCAGACUCAUUGCUAUCUGCAGGUCUUCUACAACUUCUUUUAAGAUAUCUUCGAGAACUUGAGCCGCCAAAUAUUGUUAAGAACCAUGCAAUGCAGACAUCCACAGACUCAAAAGUUUGCCCUUACAAAGGGUUCCGGAGAGAUGUAGUUUCUGUCCUAUGCAAUUUUUUGCAUGGAAGGAAGCAGGUUCAAGAUGAGAUCAGGAAGCAAGAUGGGAUCCCUUUGCUGUUGAAACAGUGUGUUGUUGAUGACUGUGAUCAAUCCUUGAGACAAUGGGGAAGUUUAUCAAUAAGAUACUUGCUGGAAGGAAAUCUAGAAAACCAGUACAAGGUAGCUGAACUUGAGCAGAAAGAGCCUGUCAUUACACCUGAAAUUGCUCAAAUGGGACUAAGAGUGGAAAUAGACCAGGAAAGUCAAUGUCCAAAGAUGGUAAAGGCUUAUCAGGAACAAGAAGAUGAUCCUUGUCAAUAUUAUGCCAAUGGACAACUUACAUAAGUCACCAGUCUGGAUAGCUGAAGAUGCCCAUCAGUGUCAAUGAAGAGACUUAGCAAAGUGUUCAAAAAGUCAGUUCCCUGCUUUUAUAAUACGCUACGGUAGUCCGUUUGAUAGGAAUUGCAUGUUUAUUUUAAAGAUUUUUUUUAGCUGUUUUUGAGCGAUAAAACAUCUGGUCAUUGUUGAGGAACAGUUAGGUUUUUGUAAAUAACAUACAUUGUUCGGGCAAUCAAUUUCACUCUUA